AUGGGUAAGACUAAAAAUAGUUCAGGAAGUGCUGGCAAAGGCAAAGCUAACAAGAAAACUGCAGAUAAUGAUAAUGGGGAAUCAAAUUCCGGGAAGACUGGGAAACUAAAAGCAGCCAACAGUGUAAAGGUUAGACAUAUUUUAUGUGAGAAACACUCCAAGGUCAUGGAGGCCCUUGAAAAAUUAACUGUGGAUAACGUUCGAUUUGACAAGGCAAGUUCUAAAUCUGUGGCAGAGGAAUAUAGUGAAGAUAAAGCAAAGCAAGGAGGUAGUCUUGGAUGGAUGGUCCGUGGGUCAAUGGUAGGCGCAUUCCAAGAGGCUGCAUUCGCAUUACAACCAAGUUCAUUAGAUAAAAACGCAAUUUGGAUACCACAUAAUCAUGGUGGAAGACCGCAAAUAACGUCCUGA